AUUACUCUGUUCUAUUUCCAUGCAGUAGCGGUCACUCAGUAUCAAGGGGUCCCGCUGGGGAUGAGUUGUCCCAAUAUUAAAUUUAAACGGAUACAAUAGAAAGACUGAAGAGGACCAGAUUUUCGACAGUGCGAGAAAUUCACGCAAGAAAAUACGGAUUUGUUCAGUACAGUCCGCCAAACCGAAGACUCAGAAGCAAUGGCAGGGCUUUGGUCUGAAUGAAGACAGACAACCUGUUCAAGCCUGGAUCACAGAGCACUAAGUGGAUUGAAGGAGACGGAUGGACGAGAGAGAAGGAGGGAGAGAAGAGACGAGAGAUUACAGACUAAUCCAGGACUUGACCAAUCCCCGUCUAGCCUUUUUUUUUUUUUUGUUCAGGACGCAGACAAACAGUGCAGGGAUUAUUGAGUUUAGUUUACUGCUUUUUAAAGAAUUAACAUUUUAUAGCAUUCCCUGUGUGCUUUGGGAAUCCCAGGAUCUUGGGGGGCUGCGUUUGCCAAGUUCUAAAACAAAAGAUCAGGAGGAGGAAGCUCCGUAGCAGGUGGGGCAGGUCGCCCAGACAGACGGCGCAGAGCUUGGGUCAUCUGCCACGCAAGAGUGUCUCCCACAUCUGAACUGGACAGUGAAGUCGGGGCUCCUGUGGCCAUUUUGUUUCAAAGAACUUACAACGAGGGAAUUGUCCCGUGGAAUACUACCCACCCGGAGCGGAAUUACGAGAAUAUACAGGGAUUCGGAACAACAGGACAGAACUGUUGUUCUUGUCUUUGGAGAUUUUUUUUUUUUUUUUUAGAUAAACGAAGACAGACUGGACAUCACUAACUCAUGCUUAAUUCUUUGGCCUCACAUUUUAUUUUGUAUCUCGAUGCUAUUUAGAUUGUAAUUUAGCACACAGAUGGGGUUGGGACGUGAACAUUAAGAUAAGAGACCUGCAAUAGCAUAAAAUCUCCUUGUGUGCUUUGGAAAAAAAGCUACUUUGGAAAGAACAGUGGUAGUCUGUUAAGUAAGCUGUUUUGGGUGCAUAUGUGGUAUGUUUAACGGUAAGCAACUUUUGGACUGUUUGGCUUUUGGAAACAUUUCUCUGACACCCACAGACAGAAGGGCUUUUUUUAUUGCUGAACCUGUUGUUUUGUGAAAAAGAUGAGACCAGCUGCUGGCUGUCUGUGCUUCUCAGAGUGUUUCCGUGGGAACUGGCCCAGGUGGAAAUGAAGGUACUGGACGAGAAUUAAGAGCAAACAAAAAAAAGUGCUUUAAAACCAUCAAAAUCCUAUUACAGUUCCCUAACAGCAUAUUUAUACAGUCAAACAAGUGAGCAGGCUUCCUGUGGGAAAGUAUAUAACAGCUACCACCAGUUGUGUGUAAAUGUAAAAAUACAUAUUCAUAUACAUUUCUUUUUUUAUACAGAUAUCCACACAAGGCAAGUUAACUGAAUUUUUAGUGUUUGUUGACAUAGGAAAUAUAUUUUCUCUGAAAACUAGGCUUUACUCUGCAUUUCAAAUAAUAUGGAAUCUUUAGGCAAAAUUUUGGAUGCUUGUAAACAAAGGUGCAAGCUGCAGGUCCAGACUAGCUGACAGUGUUAAACUAGGACAAAGGGCAGCUUUUGAAUCUAGAUUAAACAUUUCAGAUUAAAAUCUAAAACCUUUCAUCUAAAAAAAUGCAUAUGUCGUUUCGGAAGUGUAUGUUCUGUAACAGGAUGCAGAAUCAGAGAUUAUAUAGAAUAGUACUUUCAGAAUCAGAAAAUAUCUGACGAGGAAUUUAGAUUGUUUAGUCUAAAUCUUGGUGAAACUAUUAGCUGACUGUGGUAUUCAAACUGAGAGGAAGCUAAGGUACUAUAUUGCAAUUUAAGAUAUUUACUUGUGUAAACUUUUAGUGAAGCACUGCAUAGCCAGAGGAAAGUAAAAAGUUCUUUUGUUUUUACAAGCAAAUCCCAAAAUCAGAAAAACAAUACAUACUACUUAUUUAGGCCACAGACAUUAAAUUAAAUUCAAUAUAUUUCUGAUAGAAGCAGAAAAAGUAACAAUAUCCCAUAGUGAAUAUUUGCAGUUUGUUUUUUUAUUUUUAUUUUGAGUGACGUCUUUGCAUUUCCUCUGCGUUUUACAUUGGAAACAUUGGACAAAUGUUUUUUUCUGCAGAACCCCAGAGAUAUUUUCGUCUAGAACCACACAUUUUUCUGAACUGAGGUUUUAUAAACCGUAUUCUGAAAAAAUAGCGGAGUUGAAGACACACAGGUCCUGGGAUAUAUCAUUUACUCUUUCUGUCAAGACUAAAAUCUGAUAAACUGUGGUCAUACAUGAGAAUAACACUGAUACAGAACUUAUACUGGAAAGUGUCAGUGGAGCUGGAUUUUAAAUGAGCAUUGGAAUAGACUGACGCUGGUCUUUUUGCUCAACUUCUCAGAACUGCCAUUUUUACAAGAUGAACUCUGAGCAAUUCCAAAUAGUGUCUUCCUCUAUUAGUUCAGCCUCUUAAAGACGACAUCCAAAAACAACAGCUGGCACAAAAAACCUUUAUGCCAGAAAAUAUUUGGCGCUUGACCGGUGAGAAAUUGAUUGUACGCUGGUUUUCUGUGCUUGACUGCUGGGAGUCACUUUAGGUUCCGAGGGGAUUUUCAGUCUGUUAGCUGGUCCCUCUUUCAUCAGACUUGCAGGGACUUCUGCCGCUCUCUUCUUUUUUUGGGAUUAAAGAGUCCCCCCCCCAUUUCACUUGCUAGUUUGAGGAGGGAGGAAAUAGGGAAGUAAUUUUUGUCUUUUUUGGUGCUGGAACACAGCCCUGACGCUGCCAUGAGUCUCGGGAAGCUUCCGGGGAUUAAGGGGCUGGUGUCCAGCUCCCAGGGGAAGCGGCGCUUUAAGAACGACCUCUCGGUGGACAUGAUCAGCCCGCCGCUGGGCGACUUCCGCCACACCAUGCACGUGGGCCGCGGCGGGGACGUGUUCGGCGACACCUCCUUCCUUAGCAACCACGGCGGGGCGGGCAGCGAAGAAGCCGAGUCCGGAGGCUCCAAGACCGCCAAGUUCUUCUCCCGCACCCUGCGCCACGUGCGCAAGACCCCCGCCCGCCCCCGGGGCGGCUCCCGGGACCUGUCCUCGCCCCCGCCGCCCGUCUCCCCAAUCAUCAAGAACGCCAUCUCCCUGCCGCAGCUGAACCUGGACAACGGCUGCCUGCAGAGGGCGCUGUUCCCCAUGUCCCCCAGCUGCCCCGAGGGCUCCACUUUCUCCUCCUACGGUUUGCAGUCAGGGUUCGUCACCCUCCCACGCGUCUCCCGCCUCGAUCGGCAGGUGCAGGACUGCUCUGGAAGCCCGGAGUUCCGGCGCAACUCGCUCCCGGACGACGACGACGACUACGCCAUGAUGCGCUCCGACUCCAUGACCUCGUUCACCGUGGACCUGGGGCCCUCCCUGAUGAGCGAGGUCUUCAGCGUGAUCGACAGCCCCAACCACAUCCAUACGGCCAAUCAUGGCUGGGGGGAGGAGGAGGAAGAGGUGGAGGAGGAGGAAACGAGCUCCACCCCCGAGCCAAAAGCCGACGCCCCUUCAAUUAAUUCACCCUCCAUGUCCCCGCUGAGGCAGAGCAGGAACAGUAGGGGGAGCUCUGGAGAUGGAGAGUGUGGAGCAGAGGAGGAGGGGGAGAGCAACGAGCCUCUUAAAAUGGCCACUCCUGAGGAGGUGAUGAGGUCCCCUUCCAGAGAAGAGCUGGGGAUGGAGCCUGAAAGGUUCAAGAGGGCCGCUGACGUGCUGGCACGUCAUUACAGCUCCGGCGAACUCAGGCAAGACCAGCCUGGAGACGAGGACCGCCCACACGCCGGUGUUGCCAGUAACUCCUCCGUUCGUCUCCAGAAGAGGGCGCCAUACGCCUACCACGACGAAGAGGAUGAGAUCAAAGUCUGAGCAAAAAAAAGUAAAUAAAAAUCCAGCGUUCCGUGUUCCAUAACUGCGCCCGUGCCCAUGUCUUAGUGCCUCGUGGUCACUUCAGAGACCCCUGAGAACUUACAGAUUCCGUACAGUUCCCUGUGAGUUUCCCCAUGAAAUUUAUUAAUUUCUAUAUUAAAAUAGCUUCAAUUCCAUGACAACACCGAAAUGAAAUACAAAACCUGAAAAUACAGAGUUUGAAUACCCCUGUUAAGUUCCAGGGCAUGCAUAUGGAGUGGAAAUUACAGAUUGUGAUUUAGAACAGUGGGAAAAAUGUAACUUCAAACUAAGAGAGAGUUGUGGACCUCAAUUUAAUAAUAGUCCAUUCAUUAUUAAUUGCAUACUGUUAAUUAGUGCAUCUUUUAGAAUGCCAUUUUAAGAUAACCCAGUGCCAACUGAUUCCUAUUUCACUUAAUUGCAUUUAAUGGAGUGCUGUUGCAUUUUAUAACAAAAAUGAUCAGUGUAAAGUUAAAGAAAAUCUCAAGUUGCUUUCUUUUAUUCAAAAUGAUUUCAUAAAGCAAACCUAUUUUUGUGAUUCAAACAUUCUUUCCUAACAUUCUUUGAAGCCUACAAGAGGAAUCUCUAGAGUUGUGACAACGUAAAACCUUAAUGAGGUUCUGAUGGACUUCUCCAUUGAAACUGGCAAGAGAGGCAAAAUCAGGACAAUUAUCAGCUUAAACAGGCAGUAUAUCAAUUUACAGAUAAUAUUAUUUUCAAGAUAUAUUCUUUUUCUUAAUGACUUUCAGUAAGGUCGGAUUAUUGUCAGUACUGCCCUCCCCUUGUUUGAGCACACACACACACACACACACACAUUUAUAUAUAUAUAUAUAAAUGGUGUAUAUUAUGCUGUUAAAUAGUGCUCAAGAAUGAGAUGGCAGGUGAUUGCAUCACAGUGCAGCCUGUCCCUUGUGUAGGACACUCCUCUUUAAAAACCUCAGUGGCAAACAGACUGAACGGGUUGAAACAAUUUAACAGAAAUAGGCAAGAGUGGACAGGGCAUGUGAACAAAGAAGGACAAAUAUGCAAAUGUGGAAACGCAUCAGUUACAGGAAGAGAGAGAGAGAGAGAGAGAGAGAGAGAGAGAGGACAGGAACAGAGCGGACUCUCUGUCAGUCAUGUACUUUGCCACCUGUUCACUUCUGUUAACAAAUACAGACAAACUGAACUUUCGUCUCUUUGGCUUCCCCUCGCUCUUGCACCACUGCCCUCAGUGCUCAGCUCAACCCUGCUAAACAGGCCUUCCCAUGUUACAGUAUUUUGGGCGAUGUUUAUGGGAACGCUCUGCCCCACACUCUUCAAGGACGAGGUUUCCCCCGAGCAAACCGACCAGGACGAACCUUUGCAUUUCACUGAAUUUAAGUGAAAUGAAGCGGAUUAAAAAAGGGAAAUAAAAUGAUGUUUCUUUCAGUAUUGCUGCAGUUUUAACCCACAGGCAGAAGCUCGUGGGAAUUAUGCAAUAAUGGGAUUUUUUUGUACUUUUUGUAAUGCUGUUUGUUCUGAAACGGUCUGUGCAGGAUGGUUUACAGCAGGCGACUGAGGCACGUAUAGGACCUAUGGGAAAACUAAGAGAGAUGUGUUCUUGUUACAGAAAAAGGCAUUUUAUUCCCGUUUGAAACACGAAACCAUCGUCUGAGAUCGUUUUAACAAAGCAGGAGGAAAAAAGGCAACAAAAACCCGUCUGCUUUGUGAUGCAGGCAGAACAAACAUACCUGACCCAUGUUUCUGCGGACAAACGGCCAGCGUUUGGUGGUGUAACCGUAGAAACACUACAGUCUUAACAACACAACCUCGCCUGACACCGUUUCUCAGUAGCAGCACUAAGAUCCUGUCACUUGUGCUCCUGGAUGUACACUUUUUGAUAGGUUCCUGAAUACAGGGAGGAGAGCGUGAGAAAUGGGCUUCACUCAUGUUGGUGGAGACGGAGAGCGCUAGCGCGCGGCUCACACAGUACAGCUGAAAGUCAAGUGUUUGGGGGAAGCUGCUUCACUGCUCCUGUGCUAAUAAAAAAAGAUCUAUUUGCCACUGUUGGACUACUGUAAAAUGCUAUAAGGAUGCUAAGUCUUAUUCCAUUAGUAAACUGGCCCAUCCCACAGGUUUUUUUGUUUGUUGUUGUUGUUGUCGUUUUUGUAAAGGUAAAACCUGCACGGCAUUAUUCUGAACCUGUACAUUUUGAUUUCAUUGCAAUAAAAGCGUACAUGCGCAUAUGUUAACAAACUGAAACAAAAGCUUUGGUAUACACCUGUGGAUGUCCUUUUUUAACUGAAUUAACAGAAAUCUCAAAAGUGUGACGAUAGCUACACUUUUGAAAACCUCUUAGGCCAACCAGCCUACUUCUUAUACAUGGUAAUACAUUUUAAAAUGCAUGACAUAUUAGUAAUACCUAUUAUGAAUACUGUGUAUGAAUGCAGUAUAAAAUUCAAAUGUAUGUGGUACACUUACAAAUAACAACAAUAUCCUUAAUGGCGAUUAUAAUAAAAUGAUGUUUUUAA